AUAGAUGGGGCUGCAGCUGCAUCUUCUUGGCAAUCAUGACACCCCUUAUGUCAUCAUUACAAUUCUUGAAAUUAAACUCUCCCCUCCCAACUUAUGUACAUCUCAGCCCACCACAUGGGUGCAUAUUUAACACAAUCUUGACAACUACUUUCUUCUUACACUUAUCCCAUAAUUUCUAUGAUCUCUCCAUUCAUCUUCCUCAACCAUAAAACAGCAUUCAAACACCAAACCCUUCUUGCAAACCUCAACAUGUGCAUAGGUUGCAAUGAACAGACACAAGCACACAAACUUCACUUCUUCCCAAGAAAACCAAAGCGAAUUAGGGUUCGUGUUCUCAGCCUGUCAGGGUAUGAUCGCAGAAGGAAGCCACGGGACGUCGAAAAGGCCGGCACCGACAUGGAACUGCAGAACUUGAAGCUCUACAUGGAGAACAUAAGCAUUCUAGAAGAGAACGAGAAGUUGAGGAAGAAGGCCUGUCUGCUCCACCAAGAGAACCUGUCUUUGAUGUCUGAAUUCCGGAAGAGAUUUUCCAAGUGUGAGUUUGUGUCCAUGAUUCUCAAUACACAUAUGCUUAGCAAAGAACAACAACAUGUGAAUGAUGACAGGAACUAACACUUGAUCAUAUCUCAGUGUGUUGUUUUAUGUAAUUUACUGCUUUUUGUGGGUUUUGGGUUGUGUCAGAAAUGGAAUAACUGAGAGGAAAUCGAUCAGAUUUAUUAUAUA